CCGCAGCCUGCGGGCGGAGCGGUGGCGGCGGCAGAAGAGGCGGCGGCGGCGGGGGCGCUGCUCGCAGCACGGGCAGGAGCCAUGUCAAGAGAAAACCACCAGCCAACUGAGCCCCUCCAUCCCCGCUGCAGUGCGCACUGUGACCGGGCCGCCCGCGCUGCUGCCGCCGCUCAGCCCCCACCUGGGACCCAUAGUCUGGCUCGGCGCCCCGGGCGGCGGCGGAGGGAAGGACGCGGAGGCGGCGGCGAAGACGAGAAAGAGGAGAAACGAGGUAGAAAGAGGGGUAGGAUUGGUACUGGCGGCGGAGGGGGAGGGGAGGAAGGGGAGGGGAGCCCUGCGCUAAGGGGUCUGUCAGCGAAGCAAACCCCCCAAAAGAAAGUUAUUUCAGUUCAAGCAUCUGCUCUCGAGUCUUUCUUCCCCCCACGGUCGGGUUCCGGCUCUCAGCAAGGAAGGUCGAGGAGACCCGGAGGGGGAAAGCCGAAGCGGAGGGUGAGCGUCCGCGGUGGCACAGCCUCGUUGCCCCAACCGCUGGCUGCGGAAACGGCGGCGGCCUCGGGCGCCUCCCGGGUCCGGGGCAGAGUCGCGUUUGAGAAGGGAAGCGAGAACAAACAACUUAAAAUGGCAGCGACGGCCGCUGCGUCACACGCCCCUCAGCGGCACCGCCCAGAACUCUCUGCGGCUGCGCACCGCGCGGGCCGCCACCACCUGCGCCGAACGAGGGGGAGGGGAGGCUGGAGGCGGAAAGUGUUUCGUGCCGGUCAAGCAGAGAGGAAAGACGGGCAGGGGGAGAGGGCAUGAAAAGGCUCUGAAA